ACGCUGCGGAGAAAUUGUAAAGACAGCACGGGAUGAGUAAGGUUUCGUUUGUCAAGGCGCCGCGCCGCGGGACCCGCUCUGAUGCUUGGCAUUCACUCAUCGUCAGCUGCUUCUUCCCUGUCGUCACGAACAAGAACGACGACAUAUCGCGGAUCGCAUCGGACGGCGGAUCAUCAACAUCCUACGAGCUUCCAAAUUCGGAUCAGAUGUCGGUAGACGUCAACUGGGAAGCGCUCACUGGAGGCGACGACGGCGCUGCCCUGGCCGAGACCAUACGACAAUUCGUCCACGAGCGUUUUCAAUCCAUCUCACUGCCCAAUUUGAUCAGAUCGGUCUCGGUGCACGCCUUUGAAUUCGGCAAAAUAGCUCCUGAAAUCACUCUCAAGGAUAUUGGCGAUCCCUUGCCCGACUUUUACGAGAGCGAGGGAGAAGAUUCUGUAGACGACCCUGUAGAUGCUGCCACUACUGCAGACAGCGUUCCAGAACAUCAUCCUACAAGCACGCGGCACCCCAGCGACGCAGAUGGCUCGCGUCGUCGGUCGCAGCUGAAUAUCCUGCAUCCAUCGGGCACGCACAAUCUCACACAAGGUACGACGCCAGGCAUUCUGGGGCAUACAUCCAAUCUAGGCUAUUUUCACCUGCCAUUGUCAGCUGGCUUGCCCGGUACGCACACUCCUUUGGCUGCCGUCGCCGGCGCUCACUUCCAACACGGUCAAAUGCCUCCCCACGGCGCGCAUCACCAUGCAGAUUCGCCCAGCUCCGUCUCGCCAUCCUCCACAGCCACUCCAGUAUCCUCGCAAGACCAUGCAUACUUUAGUCAACGACCAGGCUCAGCUGUUGCUGAUGAUCUUGACAUGCCUUCCAAUUCUUUGCAACAUGAUCACCCAGAGAGAAGUCCAGAUGAUCUACAAGUUGUUUUCCAUGCAACAUAUGCAGGUGAUGUCAAGCUCUCUCUUACAGCCGACGUAUUUCUGGACUAUCCCAUGCCCAGCUUUGUUGGAAUUCCUCUGAAAUUGAAGAUCACUGGGCUCACGUUCAACGGCGUCGGGAUCCUGGCCUGCAUCAAGAAACGUGCGAAUCUUUGCUUUCUAGGUCCGGAAGACGCUGAGGCACUUGUUGGUGGCGAACCGAUUCUCGAUCCACUGGAUGCCAAGACGGAACAUGAGUCGAGUCACGAUAUGCAUUCAGGCAAGGUCGGGGCUCUGCUAGAAGCCAUCAAGAUUGAAAGCGAGAUGGGCGAAACCGAGAGUGGAAAACAAGUCCUCAAAAAUGUCGGCAAGAUCGAAAAAUUCAUUCUCGAGCAAGUUCAGCGCAUCUUCGAGGAUGAAUUCGUCUAUCCGAGCUUCUGGACAUUCCUGGUCUGAGGCACACUAUUAGUCACAGUCAUUCUUCGCCAUUAAGGGUCUUCUGGAUUUACAGAAGUACGACCAGCAGAAACCUGUAUGUUGAACGGCACUUGCAUGCAAAUAAGCGAGGCGUACGAAAAGUCCGACCUUGCCUGUGCGCAUCACAGAAUAAAUUGUGGCCUUGCUUCCGCGGUACGGUUACGCGGCCCGUUGGCGACUUGCAGCUGUCAAAAUCUGCCGUGUUACAAGGGAUGCAGGCUUGUGUUUCCUCGCACAAACAGCAGUCUGCAGUCGCACUUCACCUGCACACGGCCGCUGUCAACAAAAGCGCGUAGCCGUACGUCUUACUAGGUGGCGUGAGAUUUCGUACCACACGACUCGACAAGCUGUGCUUCUGCUAGUGUUGUGGGUUUACAGCCCCUGAGAAAUGGAGGUUGUGUACAUCGUAUAUUAUACUGGUGUACACCCAUGGAUACACAUCGGGUAUACCCGAAUACCAGGAUAUCCGAGCAAUAUUAAGCAGCUUGGCGGGUUGUAGGCGGGAUAUCAGCGUAUCCGAUAACUCCGCCUUGUAUAUACACAACGAGCUCGCCUAAAAGGGUCGUAUACAUAGUGUAUUAC